CAUGAGUGCUCAAUAUUCUUAUACCAUUAAUAACCAUGGAUUCAGGCAUUCAUGCCAGGUAGACGCUGCAAAUAUUAUAAUUUACGCGCUCAAUUGUUGCUAGCACCUAAUGUGACACAUAUCUGUACUUGGUCACCAAUCAAUAUCAAGUUGGUGUAAACAGAGUUAAUCCAGUAGUCAACGUUAAGCAUUAGAAGGAAAGCAUGAAAAAGCAAAUGCAGAAAGUAAUAAUAGACCAAUUCCAGCCUCAUCUAUACAAUUUCCAGCCAAGCUCUUUUUGUUCUUUCUUUCAUCAUUACUCUAUAUGGAGUUCAUCUUAUUCUUUCUCAUUUUAUCUUUGUUCAGUAUUCCUGUCUUUGGUUUUACGUUGACAGAAUUUGUCUAUCCCAACUUUACCGCGUCCAAUCUCCAAUUUAUCGAUAGCACUGGAAGUUUCUUGGUUUCUCACAAUGGAACAUUCAAAGCUGCUAUCUUCAAUCCCGGUUCCGAACAAGUUAAUUUCUAUUUCUGUGUUAUCCAUGUUGAAUCCAAUACCAUUAUCUGGUCUGCAAAUGGUGAUGCACCUGUUUCGAAUUCAGGAAUUAUGAGGUUGACCAAUAAUGGUAUCAAUAUUACUGAAAAAGAUGGCAGUUUAAAGUGGUCAACUCCACCAUUAAAGUUAGCAGUAUACGCGAUGCAGCUAACUGAGGCUGGAAAUCUCCUUCUCCUUGAUCAGCUUAAUGGGACUCUUUGGGAAAGCUUUAAUCAUCCGACAGAUACAAUUGUAAUUGGACAGAAGUUGCGUGUAGGCAUGAUGCUUUCAAGUGCAAUAUCAGGUGCUGACUUGUCAAAGGGUCAUUACAGGCUUUCUUUGACUGCUUCCGAUGCUAUGUUACAGUGGCAAGGUCUGACAUACUGGAAAUUGUCCAUGGAAACCAAAGCUUAUGCUAAUUCAAAUUCUGCAGUGGAAUACAUGUCUGUCAAUCAAACAGGUCUGUAUCUUUUUGGUCAAGAUGGUUCUGUAGUUGUGAUAAUGGUGAGCUUGUUAAAAUCCACUUUUCGAAUUGCCAAAUUGGAUGAUUCAGGUCAGUUGAUAGUUAUUAGUUUUGUUGCCCCUGACAUCAAACAAGAUUUUGUUGGGCCAGUGGAUGGGUGUAGAGUACCUUAUGUUUGUGGAGGGCUUGGUGUAUGCACCUCCGGCACGUUAUCAGAUAAUCCUAAAUGUUCCUGUCCUGCUAACUUCAAUCUUAGAUCACAUAAUUCAAGCAGCUGUGUGCCUAGUGACAGUUCCUAUUCUUUGCCAGUUUCUUGUAAUUCCACAAAAUACAGCAAUCUGUCAAAUUCUUCCUCCAUGUUGUACAUAAGACUUGGCUUUGGUAUGGAUUAUUUCACUACUGAUUUCACCAAGCCCUUCAGGUAUGGGGCAAAUUUAUCCGUGUGUCAAAAUCUCUGCUCAGAAGACUGUUCAUGCUUGGGGAUAUUCUACGCAAACUCAUCUGGUUCUUGUUACAAACUUGAAGAUGAAAUAGGGUCAAUUAUGUUAAGGACAGGUAGAAAUAAUGAUCUGUUGGGAUUUGUUAAGAUCCUGAUUGGAGGUUCAACAACCUUAAGGGACAAUGAUGAUUUUGAUCAGGAAACUGCAGACUUUUCUUUAGUUGCAACAGUGGUCUUACCUUUCACAGGAAUCUUCCUACUGAUGGGUUUGGCUUUGAUUUUGUGGAGAAGAUCUAGACCCCAAACAAUCGAAAAGAUAAAAUCCAAAAAUAGCCAACCCAGUUCUCCUUAUUCAGAGGACCUGGAUGCCUUCUCCAUCCCAGGAUUACCUGUAAGGUUCGAGUACAAACAUCUUCAGGCUGCAACUGAUAAUUUCAAGACUCAGAUCGGGACAGGAGGCUUUGGUGCUGUAUAUAAGGGCGUGCUCCCUGACAAUACUCUGGUUGCCGUAAAGAAGAUAAUAAGUUUAAGCAUUCAAGGGCAGAGAGAUUUUUGUACUGAGAUUGCAAUCAUUGGUAGUAUUCACCACAUAAACUUGGUCAAGUUGAAAGGUUUCUGUGCUCAAGAGAGACAACGCCUAUUGGUUUAUGAAUAUAUGAACCGUGGAUCGCUUGAUCGCACUCUUUUUGGUAAUAUACCUGUCCUGGAAUGGCAAGAACGGGUUGAGAUCGCUCUUGGUUCUGCCCGCGGACUUGCAUACUUGCACAGUGGCUGUGAACAAAAGAUUGUCCACUGUGAUGUGAAGCCAGAGAACAUUCUCUUGCACGAUAAUUUUCAGGCAAAAAUAUCUGAUUUUGGCCUCUCCAAGCUGCUGAAUCGAGAACAGUCCAGUCUAAUCACAACAAUGAGGGGGACUCGUGGCUACCUUGCUCCUGAAUGGCUGACAAGUUCUUCAAUCUCAGACAAAACUGAUGUCUAUAGCUUUGGAAUGGUACUCCUUGAAAUUGUAAGUGGAAGGAAGAACUGCUCUCCAAGAACACAAAGUCACAGCCUUGAUGAUACUGUCACUGGAGAUCACUCAUCAUCUUCAUCUGCACGGGAACUUGUUUAUUUCCCUUUAUUUGCAUUAGAGAUGCAUGAGCAAGGAAGGUACCUUGAACUUGCUGACCCAAAACUUGAAGGGCGGGUCAGUGGUGGAGAUAUUGAGAAGUUUGUGCGAGUAGCAUUGUGCUGUGUCCAUGAGGAGCCAUCUCUCAGGCCAACUAUGGUUAGUGUUGUUAGCAUGUUGGAGGGCGAGAUACCACCGACUGAGCCAAGAAUGGAAUCUCUAAACUUUUUACGCUUCUACGGGCGACGUUUUGCUGAGGCAUCAACCAUGGAAGAAGCUGGCGGCCGGACUGAUGUCAUGUUGUAUCCGCAAGCAAAUACUUCUCAUACAACCUCUCGGAGCGUCUCUAAUGCUUACUUCUCUUAUAUUUCGUCCCAACAGAUCUCGGGUCCAAGAUAGAGUCUAGCUGGUGCCACUUGAUUCUAUAGAAAUGAAGUGCAGAUAAUCUGUAAAUUGUAGUCCAAAUGUAUAUUAGGUUACUCAUGAAGAAACAUGAAAAUGGAAUUUCUAAAAAGGGAAUAUAUUCCAUUCUUAAA